UCUUGCUCCGUUCACUUUCCCACCACCGGAAAGCUGCCGUCAGGCGCUUCCGGUUUCCGGGACGUACGCUGUCGCAAAGCGGAAAUGUGAGGUUUAGGUGCUGCCGGCGCCCGGAAGGUCAGCGUGUGAAGGAGGUGGUGGUAACGCGGGUUUCACCCGCUGUUACAGAGGAGCAACGGCCGAGCGGACGAUCCCGGCCUGAGCAGCGGGGAGAAGCAGACCGGUAGUUUGCUGCAGUACCAUGGAGGGCGGUGGAGGAAGCGGCAACAAAACCACAGGGGGAUUGGCCGGCUUUUUCGGAGCCGGCGGAGCUGGCUACUCGCACGCGGAUCUGGCGGGAGUCCCGCUAACUGGUAUGAAUCCUCUGUCUCCUUAUUUAAAUGUGGAUCCACGAUAUCUUGUGCAGGACACAGAUGAGUUUAUUUUGCCAACUGGAGCUAAUAAAACCCGGGGCAGAUUUGAACUGGCCUUCUUUACCAUUGGAGGAUGUUGUAUGACAGGGGCUGCAUUUGGGGCUGUAAAUGGCCUACGGCUAGGAUUGAAGGAAACCCAGAACAUGGCCUGGUCCAAACCAAGAAACGUACAGAUUUUGAAUAUGGUGACUAGACAAGGGGCACUUUGGGCUAAUACUCUAGGUUCUCUGGCUUUGCUCUAUAGUGCAUUUGGUGUCAUCAUUGAGAAAACAAGAGGUGCAGAAGAUGACCUUAACACAGUAGCAGCUGGAACCAUGACAGGCAUGUUAUAUAAAUGUACAGGUGGUCUUCGAGGGGUAGCACGAGGUGGUCUAGCAGGACUAACACUUACGAGCCUCUAUGCACUAUAUAAUAAUUGGGAGCACAUGAAAGGCUCCUUACUGCAACAGUCACUCUGAAGAUUCUGCUAGUUUAUGAAUGGAGGACACUUUAGUAGUCAUCCAGACCAAUUUAUAAAUCAGUCUGGAGUCAUUCACUCUUCUAUCUACAAUUAGUUUGAGAAAUUGGAGACUCCAAUUUGCUGGGAUGAAGAUCAUGGAUAGCUGACCAGGAUUGGCACUCCUUCCAGCCAUGAAUGAGUUGAAGCCAAAACCCUCUGGCAGCUGAGUAAUGUGGUUCUCUUCUCCUUUGAAGAUCUUGCACCUCUUUUCUCUCCUACUCCUUGGAAAACCACUUACUCCCAGAAUUCAGGUCAUCUUGUUGUCAAUACUGUAUCACCACAUGUAUUCAUUUAAUGAUCCAAGACUGUAAUACUGCCCUGUAUUCCCAAUAAAGGGUGAAAAUAGAACCAAAGUCCUAACUCCAACACAGCAUUUAAAACUAUCUUUGCGUCUCCAUUUAAAACUAUCUUUCUAGUUAGAGUUGCUCUUGGCAUUUGUUUCUGCUCCACUAGGCUAAAACACAUGAAAAUCUCUGAUGAAAUGAAGGGCUACUAACAUCAUUAGCAUCUAGGUUAAAAUUCUUCUUCAACAGAGUUGACACUAAACCACCUUGGAUUGGAGUUCCCGUUGUGGCGCAGUGGUUAACGAAUCCGACUAGGGACCAUGAGGUUGUGGGUUCGAUCCCUGGCCUUGCUCAAUGGGUUAAGGAUCUGGUGUUGCCGUGAGCUGUGGUGUAGAUUGUAGACUCGGCUUGGAUCCCACGUUGCUGUGGCUCUGGUGUAGACCAGUGGCUUCGGCUCCAAUUGGACCCCUAGCGUGGGAAUCUCCUAAUGCCGCGGAAGUGGCCCUAGAAAAAGGCACAAAGACAAAAAAAAAAAAAAACAAGAUAUUUUGGAUUUACCAUUAUAUCAUUAGUGUACUGUGCUAGAACAGUCUGUCCAACAGUCAUGAUUAAUUCUGUAUGCAUUAACUCAUCACUGGGGGUAAUUAGAAAAAGAAAUAAUGGGACAAGAGCUGUUCUUAAGGCUUGGGAAAGCUAAAGAAAGGACAAGUUAACUUAAUUCCUGAGUUUGUUUUCUCAUCUGUGAAUGUAAUCAGCAAGACUGCACUGCAGAUUACACACAUAAUUACUAAACAACUGGUGGCUCUUGUGAUUAGAAAAGUACAGUAGGGCCUUUUUUGAUGCAUCUAGUAAGAAUUUGGCAGAAAAGCACUGAACCUUAGCUGAAGUCUUCUAGUUUAAAAAUAAAGGAAAAGAAGCAGUUAAUAUAUUUUACCUGUGACAGAGCAGAUUAAAAAGUAAAAACCAUUCUCUUGCGGCACAGUGGGUUGAGGAGUCCAGUGUUGUCAAUGCAGCAGCUCAGGUUGCUGCCAUGGCAUGAGUUCGGUCCCUAGCCUAGGAACUUCCACAUGCUGCAGGUGCAGCCAAAAAAUAAAUAUAAGUGGGUGUGAAGAAUUUGCAAGAGAAGAACUGGAAACAGAAGUUCAAGAUACAUAAAAUACACUGAUACUGUAAGUGAAUAUAAGUUUUUUUUUAUGUUCAAGUGUUUCUAAGCUGUACUCCUAACCAAAGGAUGUUACAUUUAUAUACUGUUGUGUUUUACAAAUACACGUGACAACUAUAUGGCUAUAAUGCUUUUAAUGGAGGGUGGUACAAAAUGCAUCAAUGCAAAAGAAUGUUUUAUGUACUCAUUAGCAUAGUGAUUAAUGUAAAUUAGAGAUACACAAUGUGUUAAACCUUAAAAUCUACAAAGUUUCCUGCAACCUAAAAUAAUGUAAAAGAUUCCUUAAGUUUUUACCCACCACCUUUAAAGUUCUAAAUGGUAUCUGGGGGAACUGAAAAAAUACGUUUGUUUCAGCUAUGGUUCAAGAUUUCUAAUGAAGUUCUAUGGUAAUGACACUGGGACUGCAGUUUCCCUAAAAGGGCUUUCUGGAUGACAUCACAAACUUCUAUUUCCAAUAACAUAUUGGCAAGCUGAAUGGCUUAAUAAUUUAAUAGCCUGGAAAGCAGCUAAAAUGUCUCAGAAUAUUAAAACAUUGUAUAUGUGCCAUUUCUCUCCUACAGAGAAACUCUUUAAAGCAUGGUUAUAACUUUAAAGAUACUAAGGAAGUACCAAUAGUUUUCAUAAAGCUUCAAUAAACACC